AUGGCCUCCAGAUCAAGAAUCCAGCCGCUGCUCCGGACAGCGGCACGGAGGCAAUCCCUCCUGUCCGCCGGUGGCCGGCACGUUUUGCGGCAAGCCUCGGCCCCGGCCGCCGCCGCCACCGCCGCCGCCACCCGUUGCAUUGCGACGACGGCCGUGAGACUGUCCAAGACCGACGGCCUCAAGGAAAUCAAGCUCACCUCGGCCGCGUACCCGGACAUCAAGCGGGACGCCCGCUUCGCCGAGGUGACCGACGCCCACGUCGCCUACUUUAAGGAUCUCCUCGGCGCCUCUGGCGUUAUUGACGGCGUCACGGCGGAUGCGGCAGACGACAUUGCCGCCUUCAACGAGGACUGGCUCCGCAAGUACCGCGGCGAGUCGCGCCUCGUCGUCAAGCCCACCUCCACCGAGGAGGUGAGCAAGAUCCUGGCGUACUGCAACGAGCACAAGCUCGCCGUCGUCCCUCAGGGCGGCAACACCGGCCUCGUCGGCGGCUCCGUCCCCGUCUUUGACGAGAUCGUCAUCAACAUGAGCCGCAUGAACAAGAUCCACUCCUUUGAUGAUGGCAGCGGCACCCUCGUCGUGGACGCCGGCGUCAUUCUCGAGGUCGCCGACUCGUACCUGGCCGAGAGGGGCUACAUCUUCCCCCUGGACCUCGGGGCCAAGGGCUCGUGCCACGUCGGCGGCAACGUCGCCACCAACGCGGGAGGUCUCCGCCUGCUGCGGUACGGCAGCCUGCACGGCAAUGUCCUGGGCCUCGAGGCCGUGCUGCCGGACGGCACCGUCGUCGACGACCUCUGCACCCUGCGCAAGAACAACACGGGCUACGACCUCAAGCAGCUCUUCAUCGGCGGCGAGGGCACCAUCGGCAUCAUCACAAAGGUGUCCAUCAUCUGCCCGCAGCGCUCCAAGGCCGUCAACGUGGCCUUUUUUGGCCUCGAAUCGUACGAAAAGGCCCAGCAGGCCUUCAAGGCGGCCAAGGGCCAGCUCGGCGAGAUCCUCUCGGCCUUUGAGCUCAUGGACGGCCUCAGCCAGGACCUGGUCCACGCGGUGCGCGGCAACAAGCGGCCCCUCGAGGGCGAGCACCCGUUCUAUUGCCUCAUCGAGACGAGCGGCUCCAACGGCGACCACGACUACGAAAAGCUCGAGGGCUUCCUCGAGGACGUCAUGUCCAACGAGAUCGUCUCGGACGGCGUGCUCGCGCAGGAUCAGACGCAGAGCAAGGCGCUCUGGGGCUGGCGCGAGGGCAUCCCCGAGUGCCUCGGCCACUGGGGCGGCACGUACAAGUACGAUGUGUCGAUCCCGCUCAAGGACCUCUACCUGCUCGUCGACGACACGAAAGCCAAGUUGGAGGAGGCCGGGCUCGUCGGCGACACGGACGACUUCCCCGCCGUGGGUGUCGUGGGGUACGGCCACAUGGGCGACUCGAACCUGCACCUCAACGUCGCCGUCAGGCGGUACGACAAGCGCAUCGAAAAGAUCCUCGAGCCGUUCGUGUAUGAGUGGAUCCAGGCGCGCAACGGCAGCAUCAGCGCCGAGCACGGCCUGGGCGUGGCGAAGAAGAACUUCAUCGGCUACAGCCGCAACGAGACCAUGGUCGGGCUCAUGAAGCAGAUCAAGAAUCUCUAUGACCCGAACGGCAUCAUGAACCCUUACAAAUAUAUCUAA